UCUAGAGCCGACUUACUAGCACCCAGAAAGCUGUACCCAAACAUGGUGCGCAUGAAUUGGAUGAUGAGUGCUAGUGAUGGAUGGCAAGUUUGAAGCAUAGGCCUCUCUACUAGAAUCUCGUUCAACAAGACUUUCAAACUGACUCUGUUUUCUUCGUGCUGCAUUGUGGUGCUCUUCCAUGGCUUCCAUACCACUGGAUAAAGCUAACUUCCUUGCCCUAGUAUGCGAGACCUUGUUAUACGGGUCCUUCACGGUUCUAUUUAUCGCUGCCAUAUAUGUCAUCGUCCGGAAGCGAUCGGGAAUAAACGUCAAACUUCUCUCGACGGUGGUCAUCAUUUGGAUUCUAGCAACUGUGCAUUUGAUUCUAGAUAUAGUUCGUGCCAUCGAGGCAUUUGUUGAGUUGGAGCGUGGAGGGGCGCAGCAAUACUAUUUGGAUUUAUCAAAUCCUUUGCAGGCUGCCAAAACAGCGAUAUAUGUCACCUUGACCCUCGUCGGAGACGGAUUUGUGAUUUAUCGCUGCUUCAUUGUAUGGAAUGGCAAGUGGUGCAUCAUACCUGGCCCUAUUUUACUGCUGUGCGGGACAGGCGUGGGCGGGUUUGGUGCUACUGUUGCCUUUUCCCAUGCUGCACCUGGGGCGGAAGUGUUCUUACCGAAUAUUGUUCCUUGGAUCACUAGUUUCAUCUCAAUGACUUUAUGCACGAAUAUUAUCUGCACUUCUCUUAUAGCCUAUCGAAUUCUUAGCAUUCAACGAGCCGUUCGCAAUGUCAUUCAAGUGAAACCCGCUCGUUCUGCUCUCAUGAUGGUCAUCGAGUCAGCCGCUGUGUAUUCAGCCUCUGUACUUUCGUUAAUGAUCACCUACACGCUCGGUUCGAAUGCUCAGUACACGGUCCUAGAUCUGACCGCACCCUUAAUCGGAAUCACGUUCACAAUAAUUAUUCUUCGUGUCAGUCUCGGCAUCAGCUCUCGAGAACUGACGGCUUUGUCGGUAACCGGGCCACAGAGCAGCGGCCCACAGAGUUUCUCUUUGAGCCGCCGAACUCCUGUCGCAGUAAAUGUUAGUCAUCUCGUUGAAAUGGACACCGGUGAUUACCCGUCCCAAAGGCAAGAUGGUACUUCUGUGACAAAACAUCUCAUGGUAUAGCGUCUUUUGCCAAAAUUAAGCACCUUCAUCGCCUGACUCUACAUUGAAUUAUCCCAUUCAUAGUUCUGUGAUUCUAUGAUAUAUAACGGUGUUCUUUUAUAGGUGCAGGCACCGAGCCCUGCGACACUUUCUAUGUGCAAAAAUAGAUACCCGCGCUUCAAGUUAAAUAUGUAGCUAAACUUAAAAUCAAUCAGUUCGAUUGAUUCUUAUCUUCGCUUUCCGAUGUGAAAUCCUGGGUAUAACGUU